AUGAGAUUUUACGAUACUAAGGCGGAAAAAUCGUACGUUAAUCCCACAAAAAUUGAGGCGAUUUUCCGGUUAUGUGUACGUUUGAAAUCAAACUUUGAGAGGGCUGACAGUGUAAAAUUGAUAAGUUCACAUUUAACAAAAGAAGUGAUGGAGCUCUCAGCACUUGCCCCAACACGUACACGCAGACAGCAAGUCCACCUUACAACCAAUGCCACAUGGUCUAAGGAGGAAGAUGCUCUUCUAACACAAAUUGCUUCACAAUCAGAAACAGUUGCGUGGAGUUCAAUUGCUAAAUUCUUCCCCAACAAGACCGCACCACAACUUGCAGGCCGUUGGGAAAAAGUUCUUAACCCUUGUUUGAUCAAAGGUUCAUGGACUAGAGAAGAAGACGAAAUUAUCUUAAAAUACGUAGCUGAAAACGGAGAUAAAGAUUGGGCAAAGCUUGCUCUCUUACUCCGUGGACGCACAGGAAAACAAUGCCGCGAACGCUUCAAAAACCAUCUCGAUCCAAACGUCGCAAAGGUAGCAUGGACAGAAGAAGAAGAUAAACUACUUAUCGAAUUACAUGAGAAAAUGGGCAACUGCUGGACUAAGAUUGCUACAUUCUUCGAAGGCAGAACAGAUAAUUGUAUCAAGAACCGUUGGAACAGUACUUUGAAAAAGAGACUCGAAAGAAUGAAGAAGGGUGAGCCACUCGUUAUGAAACGUGGUAGAAAACCAAAAGGUUACUAUGAUAACAUUCCAAAACCAGAUCUUUCAAAUAUCAACAACAUUGAUUUACAAUUAUCACCUGUUUGCUCAUCUCCUGUUCAUCCACCUCAGAGACUUUCAGUCAUUGAACUUGCUCCUUUGACAGAGACGUUACCAAUCUUCAAACAGAAGAAAGUAGAUGGUCCUCGCGAGAUGCUUACAUUAGAGCAGAAUCGCCUUGAUCUUCAGCGUAUGUUGCAAGCUGCACUUGCUUAA